AUGGAGGUGCCUCCCCCUAAAAUGCAUAAACAGUGCCUGUGAUACAGUUUGGCCCCCUCAAAUGAGCUUUGUUUGAUCUAAAAUUAAUUUAAUCAACCAACUAUAAGAUAAAAUAAUAAUUUAUUGAUUUAAGGUUGUGCCAAAUAGUGGAGCUAAACAUAACGUUGAAAUUAAACCUGCACCUAAAAUAUCUAUACCCGUCGAGGAAGAAACGGAUCAAGCACCAAUAUAUGUCAAUCUUAAACAAUACCAUCGAAUUUUAAAAAGGAGAAUAGCUAGAGCAAAGUUGGAAGCUUCGGGAAGAAUUCCUCUAACUCGAAAGGUAAAUUUAAUUAACAUACUAAUAUACCACAUUUAAUGUUUAUGAUAUCAAAAUAUGGUUAAAUUAUUCGUACUUGUGUUUUUAUUUCAGAAAUAUCUGUAUGAAUCACGUCAUAAACAUGCUAUGAAUAGAGUGCGAGGAGAAGGAGGUCGUUUCAGUUCAGGAUCAUUGAAAAAAAAAAAAUUAAGUUCGAGUUUUCCAGUGACUAGAGUUUAA